AUGCAUACAAAUAAUAAAAAAGAAAAAAGAAAUAUAGAUAAAAAUAAUAAAAAUAAUAAUAAUAAUAAUAAUGAUGAUGAAAUAGAAGAAGAUGAUUCAAGUGAAUUAAGAAAAUAUUUUCAAAAGAAUGGUUUAAUUAGAAAAAAAGUUGGAAAGAAAAUUGUUGAUAAUGAUAAUAAUAAUAGUAUUUUAUCAAAUUCAAUAAAAAAUAAAAGUAGAAAUCAUAAUGGUGGUAAUAAUAAUAAUAAAGAAGAAGAACAAAUUGAAGAUGAAGAAGAUGAUGAUUUUGAAGAUAAACAACCAGUAUUUGAACAGUAUAAAACGAUAUUAGAAUUACAUGGAAAAUCAACAUCAAAAAAUUCAAUGUCUUAUGGUCAUUGGGAUUCAAACUUAAAGAAAUUUGAAAUCACUCUUAGAAAAGGUAAACAAUUUGAUUCAGUUGGUCAACAAAUUGGAUCAAAACUUUAUUUACAUAUUGAAGAGGCAAUUUAUUUUCAAGAUUUAGGUAUAGUUGAACUAUACAUUAAUCAAUUACCACUAUCAGUUCAAGAAUCUUUCAAACUAUUUGAAAUUCCAUCACCAUCACCAUUUCCAAUUUAUAAAUAUACUGCAUAUUGUUAUUUAAAGAAAUUAGGUUAUAUUUUAAUUAGACAUGAUCAAAAUAAUAAAUCUUAUUCAACAUCAACAUCAACAUCGGCAUCAACAGCCACAGCAACUAUAAAAACAGCAAAUACAAUAACCAAUAAUAAUAUUUUAUCAAAUUUUAAUUUUAAAAUUUUACCAACUUCAGAAUUAAUUAAAGUUAUUAAAUUUAAUAAUAAUAAUAAUAAUAAUAAUAAUAAUAAUAAUAAUAAUAAUAAUAAUAAUAAUAAUAAUAAUAAUAAUAAUAAUAAUAAUAAUAAUAAUAAUAAUAAUAAUAAUAAUAAUAAUAAUAAUGAUGAUUGUAGUAUUGAUAAUACAAAUGAAAUAAUGAAAAUAAAAACCAAUUUAAAUACUAUAAAGAGUAGAAAUUUCAUACCAGAAGUAUUAAAUGUUUAUACGGAUUUAAAAGGAUUUAAACCAUUUAUUGAAAUCAAAAAACCAGAAGAUUAUGUAAAACCAGAAUUUGAAAAUUCUUCAAACAGUAAAUUCAUUUUAUCACAAAAACAAGAUAGAGAUCAAUUAAUUCAAUCAGUUUAUAAAUCAAAUAAAUCAAUAUUUGAUAAAUAUAAUAUUGUUGAUUUAGAAGAAGAUGAAAAAGAAGAAGAGAAUAAUAAUAAUAGUAAUGAUAAUGAUAAUGAUAAUAAACAAAAUAAAAAGAAUAAAAGAAUAAAAUUACAUAAUAAUAAUAAUAAAAAUAAUAAUAAUCAAUCAUUAAUGAAUUUACCACAAGAUAUUUAUGAAGGAUCACAUUUGAAUUCAAUUAAUAGGAAAUUACAAAUUUUUAAAGUUAAAUCAUUAUUGGAUGAUAAAGAGUAUCAAAAAGUUAAUAUUAAUCCAAAUCAAUUUAAAAUAGAUUAUGAUGUUUAUAAACCAACUCAAAGUUUUAAAAGAACUAAUCCAGGUAUACCUGAUUUCUUUUUAUCCAUUUCUAAAUUUGGUGUUCCAAUUCCAUCAAUGAAUGAUAUCGCUCGUUUAAAUUCAAAUUCAAUCGUUUUACCAACUGGAAAUGGAAGUGGUGGUGGUGACCCAAUCUCUGUUCCAUUACAAUUUUGUAUUGUAAAUUUAAAAGAUAUAUCAUUCAUUGAAUAUAAAGAGAAUUUAGUUUUAUCAAGUGCUUUAAAAUAA